AGAAGGACCUGUAUUUUCCUUCACUACAUCCACAAACCUCAUUUGUGUUCUUCUGUUUUUCUUCAUCCUGACUGCUCCAAGGCCACCAGCUCAACCUUCACUCAGCCUUGCCUCUUUGUCUCUUAACUGCUCAACCUGAGCUGUCAUUCUAUUGACUAAUUUCUAAACCUGCUCAUUUUGGUUCACUCUCAAUGAAAAUCACCAGCUCUGCCUGCAACUGCUUUUAGAAGUCACCUAAUUAGUAAAUAGAGUCCACCUUUGUGUAAUUUAACAUUAGCUUAUCUGUGAAGGUCCCAGAGGUUUGUUAGGGAACAUUAGAGAACAACCUACCUCUCCACCCAAACUGCCAGGCCGGGCCAGGAGUGCAUUCUUUAGACAAGCAGCCAAAAGGCUCAGGGAGAGCUGCAGAGAUCCACAGCUCAAAUGGAAAAGGACAACUAUUAGUCACAGACUCCACAAAUCUGGGCCUUAAGGAAGAAUGGAAGAAAGAAAAUACUUGUCAAAAGAAAGCAAUGAAAAGUCCUGUUUGCAGUUGCCUCAAACUAUGUAGGGGACACAGCAAACUUGUAGAAGAAGGUGAUCUGGUUAGGUCCCUUCAUGUGAAAAGCUGUGUAUGGCAUUAAACUAUCACUGUAUACCACGCUGAACCUUCUCCACUGUAAAAUAUAGUGGCAUCAUGGCGUGGGGAUCCUUUUCUUCAAUAGAGACAGUGAUGAUGCCAAGAGUUGAUGGAAAGCUAAAUGAAGCUAAAUACAGUUCAGUCCUGGAAGAAAACCUGUUAGAACCUGCAAAGAACUUGAGACUGAGGUUGAGGUUCACCUUCCAGCAGGACCAUGACCCCAGUCAUAAAACCAGAGCUAUAAUGGAAUGGUUUAAAUCAAGGUAUAUUGAAGUUGGAAUGCCCCAGGCAUAGCUAAGACAUAAAUCUGUGAAACUACUUCAAAACUGAUGUUCACAGAUGCUCUCCAUCCAAUCUGACGGAGCUUUCGUUCUCUUACAAAAAAAAGGGCAAAAUUACCAGAGUCAUGUGCAAAACUACAAACCCCAAAAGAGCUGGUGGGGUAAAAGCAUACCACAGCUUUCAGAUUUGAUUUCUCUCAAAAUCCCAAUAAAACACAUGACAAGACGCAAAAAAUGCAAGGGUAUGAAUACUUUUUCCAAGCCACUGUAUUCACAAUCCGCUCUAUAGAUGGGGAACAGUUCGUUUACCACCCACUGAGCCGAUCCCAUGAUUUCUGCAUGGCCGGGCUUCGGGUCUGACCUGUGGGGGCUCAGCCUUUGUUGCGGCAGCCAAGGUGGGCCGCCAGCCGCCGGACAGAGCCUCCAUUCACUCCAUUCAUUCUGCCGCCCCGCCUUCCCUCUAAUAAUGAGUUGAACGUACGUUCGUCGGAGCACGUCUCCCUUCUUUCAACCGAGCGGAAACGCAACCGAGACGUUUCAUCAGCCGCUACUACAGAGAUGCGUCAGAGGACGCUAACGUGUUGCGGGACGCGUGGAGCUCAGUAUAAAACUCAUGCAGACAGGAAGGUAGAGCCCACAUUUGUCAGAGCAAACAUCUGGGUAGGAUUUCUUUAUAUGAAACACUGAAGAUUGAAUCUCGCUUCACUUUAAAGGUUUUCCCGGUGACAGUUUUCCCAAAAAGGUUUGUUUAUUAAGGAGUUAGAGACAUCCAACUCUGAAGAGUCCCAGAAGUGUUCAUCCUCACAUCUUCUAUCAAGGAGCAAAGAGCAAAAUGCAGCAGUUGGAGGACGAAAGGCCCAAGAAGAAGGUGACCCCCUACCUCCUCUACUGUGUCUCAACAGCAGUGAUUGGCUCGCUGCAGUUUGGGUACAAUACAGGAGUCAUCAAUGCACCUGAGCAGAAAUUACGAGUUUUUUUCCAGAAUGUAUCAAGGGAGCGCUACGGGGAGCCUUUUUCCGAUGGAGCCACUACCAUGGUGUGGAGCUUCGCUGUAGCCAUCUUCAGUGUGGGUGGCAUGAUCGGGUCGUUCUCUGUCGGAACCAUUGUCAACAUGUUCGGCAGGCGAAAAUCGAUGCUAUUCGCAAACGUCCUGGCUCUGCUAGGUGGUGGUCUGAUGGGAUUGUCGUCUUUGAGUCGCUCUUUUGAGUUGGUCAUCAUCGGUCGUUUAAUCAUCGGAGUUUUCUGCGGGCUCUCCACUGGCCUGACCCCCAUGUACGUGGGCGAGAUCUCUCCCACCGCCGUCCGGGGAGCAUUCGGCACACUGCACCAGCUGGGUGUUGUGAUUGGCAUCCUGGUGGCUCAGAUCUUCGGUCUGGAGUCUCUUCUGGGAUCAGACAAUUUGUGGCCUUUGCUGCUUGCUCUGACUAUCCUGCCAGCUGUGCUGCAGACCAUCAUGCUGCCUUUCUGCCCUGAAAGCCCUCGCUACCUCCUCAUUGUCCUCAACAAGGAGGAGGAGGCCAGGAAAGCUCUUGAACGUCUGCGUGGCAGUGAAGAUGUGAGCGAUGACAUUCAAGAGAUGAAGGAGGAAGGCAUGAAGAUGGCCAUGGAGAAGAAGGUGACUGUGCUCGAACUCUUCCGUUCACCAAACUACCGCCAGCCGAUUAUCAUCGCCAUCAUCCUGCAGCUCUCCCAGCAGCUGUCUGGCAUCAAUGCUGUUUUCUACUACUCUACGGGAAUAUUUGAAAAAGCUGGUGUCACUCAGCCCAUCUAUGCCACCAUUGGAGCCGGUGUCGUCAACACUGUCUUCACUGUUGUCUCUCUGUUUCUCGUUGAGAGGGCAGGAAGAAGGACUCUGCACCUGGUCGGACUGGCAGGAAUGGCCGUCUCUGCCCUCCUCAUGACCAUCUCCCUGUCCUUAGUGGAAAGCAACCAGUCUCUGAGUUACCUGGCUAUUGUGGCUGUGUUCAGCUUUGUCGCCAGCUUCGAGAUGGGUCCGGGUCCCAUCCCCUGGUUUAUUGUCGCUGAGCUCUUCUCCCAGGGGCCUCGACCUGCUGCCAUGGCCGUCUCCGGUUGCUCCAACUGGACCGCCAACUUCUUGGUGGGGCUGGGGUUCCCUAAACUAGAGGAACUUUGCGGCCCAUACGUUUUCCUCAUCUUUAUGGUUCUCCUCAUCCUCUUCUUCAUCUUCACCUACCUGCGAGUCCCCGAGACAAAAGGACAGACCUUUGAUGAAAUUGAGCAGGGGUUCGCCGCCAAGCCCGCUCAUUCAUCGGUGCCUGAUGCAGUUGUCAUCGGCCAGCCAGAGACCCAGGAAAGGCCGCCCUUGUCCCCCACUGAAAAAGUUCCCAUGGUGGAUCUUCCCUCAGAGAAACAAUGAUGAAAUUGGUUGUAAUGGAGGGAAGAUGGACUGCAGCUGCUUACUGUAAGAGUCAGAAAUCCUAGUUUCUAAUUCAAAAUGUUCUCCCAUAAACAAUAAUAUAAUUAAUAACAAACUUAGGUUAAUCCUGACCAAACUUGACUGUAGCACCAGCGCUUAGUGUUUAAUGACAUCUUCAGCCGUGGCUUGACUCAUUGUGCCACAUAAGAGGAUCAAUGUAUGUUCAGAUUUUCAGCUGCCACAGUGUUCAAAGGUUGCAGGCUUUACGGGUUUUAUGUAUUGAGGUCAAGCCUGAGAAGCUAGUGUUGGAUGAAGGCAGUUUGGUCCCAAAAUAAGGAAAUGAAUAAAAAAAGUGCCUUUGAAAACUGCUUUGCUACCAGGGGAGGAUAGGCCUAAGGAAAGAUAGAGGAGGCACUGCACGAUGACUCACUCUGAGCAUAAAAACAUUUCAUUAUUAUACACUGAGAACAUAUUUUUAAGCAGGUAAAAGUUCAAUUUUUCCUCAUCCUCGAUACCUCAUGAUACCAUGUUCCUGUAUUUGUGGGGUUUUAAACUUAGCACUCGGCUGUUUGUGCUGAUAAAGACGCAGAACAACAACAGGUUUGUAGGGGCUUACAGCAAAUAUAUAUUUUCUGAGAAAGAAAAAUGCCUCUGAAUUAAAAAAUAAAGAGCAGUGUUCUCUUCCUAAAAGCACAAACAUAAGCUUUACCGCUUCAGUUUAAGAAUUUCACUGCAGGAAUUAAUGUUAAUGACAAGAAAAAAUAAACCUGCCAUUAUCUAGUUUUUUACAUCAUACAUGCAGAAUUAAAUGAAAGAAACUCAGGUUUUUAUUUUUUAUGUAAAUAUUUAAGGUUUUAAUGUACUUGAAAUUCUGUCUGCAGAACACACAUUUUAAAAUGUGUUUUGUCAUCUGUGUCAUUCAUAUAAUACCCACUCAGCUUAAUGUGCAGCACAUCCUAUAAGACGUUAGUUAAGAUUGUGGUGUUGCCUUGAGACACUAAAUAGAUUGUAUUUAUUUCAGUGUUUAACGCACAAAACGUGUCAUUAAAUAUUUGUUUGUUACUGAUUAUGUGUACAUAUACUGUAGACUCAAGUUACUGCAUCAAGAUCAGCUGGUUUAGUAUUUGUUCAAUGUGUGUAAUGUUGCCUUUUCCUCCUGUGUACGCAUAAACUCGAUGAGGAAGUAGCUUUUCUUGUUUCAGCUUUGCUGUUUGCACAUCAGCAGUCAGACUCCUAUGUAAGAAAAUAUUUAUUCUGAUGUUUUGCUCUUCCUGUUUUGUCAAAUUUCUAAUAUUCACUGUGAUUUGAUUUUUGUCUCAUGUUUUUGCAUUCUGCACCGUUGUUAAAGACAUUGCAAUAAUGUUGCUCUGCUAUUCACAGUUUCUACAUGUGUAAUUUGUAUAUUUUGCUCUUUUAAUAAAAAUUUUGUCCAAAUAAAAUCAGUAAAUUUGA